AUGAAGGGCACCGAUUCCCGCGAGACCAUCCGCAUCGGAGUGUUCAUUCCGACGGAAUGCCAACUCCUCGACAUGGCCUGCAUCGACGUCUUCGGGACCAUGAGCCACGAAUACUUCGCCCUCCUGGGUGACAUGGUCCCAGCCCCGAUUGCCAACCUGGCCCCGAGCGUCCAGAUCUUCUACAUCUCGACGGUCCAGCCAGGCGAGCUGAUCGGCAUGACCUCGUCCGCACGGAUCGCCUGCACCCACCACCUCUCCGACCCGGCCGUGCAGCCGGGCCGGCUCGACAUCGUCUUGGUGCCGGGCCCGGACCCGACGACCGACUUCAGCAAGCUGACCGAGGCGACAGACUGGCUCGCCGCCCACGGGGCCCGGCCCGAGACCGACAUCCUGUGCGUGUGCACCGGCAUCUACCUGUGCGGCGCCGCCGGCUUGCUCAACGGCAAGAGGGCCUCCGGGCCGAGGGGUCUGCAGCGCGAUCUGGCGACCAAGUUCGAGGCCGUCCAGUGGGUCGGGGAGGAGCUGAGGUGGGUGAGGGACGGCAAUCUCUGGACCAGCGGUACGUACCUUACCUUAGUUGCUCGAGUUCGAGUCCCCUCCCGCCGACUGUCCUGCACAAAGGAAAAAAAGAAAAAGGAGAAGAGAGAAGAGAGAAGAAAAGAGAAAUAA